CUUCAAGAAAUUGUUGAGUAGGAAAAUUAAUGCACAUGGAUAUAUUAUACUAUAAUAUAUUUGUGUGUAUGAAAGUCCAGAAGCUUACAACCAAGCUUGAUGGAGGUUGGUGUGAUUCAUUAUCACAGACUUUAUGAGAAGUUGGUUCCUCAGUAAAAUGCUAUGUUUACUUUGGAAGGAUAAGGAAGUGAGUGAUCUUUCUAAGAAG